UUAAAACGAUUGUGGCGCAUUCGGUUAAACUAAUAAAGAUAACAGAUUUACUUAAAUAGUAGCAUCAGCAUGUACUCAACCAAAAGCGAGGGACCGCGCAGAGGAAGAUCCUUUGACUCCAUGAACAUUGGUCUGACACUGGAAGAGAAACAACUUAAUAAUGAAAUGAACAAAUCUGCUUUUCCAAAGAUUGAGGAAAAUAAAGACAACAAAAGCGAAUCUACAGAGAGAGGCCGAGCAGCUGUUGUGUUCUCUCUGAAAAAUGAAGUCGGUGGACUUGUAAAGGCACUUAAACUUUUCCAGGAAAAGCACGUCAACCUCGUGCACAUCGAGUCCAGAAAGUCAAAAAGGCGCAAUUCGGAGUUUGAGAUCUUUGUGGACUGCGACAGCAACCGCGAGCAGCUGCACGAUAUCAUUCAACUGCUGAGAAAGCACGUGAACGUGCUUGAGAUGGACGCGCCCGACAACCGUCUACCAGAGGAAAGCGAUAUGGGGAACGUGCCGUGGUUUCCGAAGAAGAUUUCGGACCUGGAUAAAUGUGCGAACCGCGUGCUGAUGUACGGAUCAGACCUCGAUGCUGAUCAUCCGGGCUUUAAGGAUAACGUCUAUCGCAAACGGAGAAAGUAUUUUGCAGACUUGGCCAUGAGCUACAAACACGGAGAACCAAUUCCCCGCAUUGAAUUCACAGAAGAGGAGGUGAAAACAUGGGGAGUCGUGUUCAGGGAGUUAAAUAAACUCUACCCAUCUCACGCCUGUCGCGAAUAUCUGAAGAACCUGCCCAUGCUCACCAAACACUGCGACUUUCGCGAGGACAACAUCCCACAGCUGGAGGAUGUCUCACGUUUUCUUAAAGAGCGCACUGGCUUUACCAUUAGGCCUGUGGCUGGAUAUCUCUCACCGCGGGAUUUUCUGGCAGGUUUAGCGUUCCGUGUGUUUCACUGCACUCAAUAUGUCAGACACAGCUCUGACCCUCUCUACACACCCGAACCAGACACAUGUCAUGAGCUGUUUGGACAUGUUCCUCUUUUGGCCGAGCCCAGCUUUGCCCAGUUCAGUCAAGAGAUCGGUCUUGCAUCACUUGGGGCAUCUGAUGAUUCUAUUCAGAAACUGGCCACUUGUUAUUUCUUCACCGUUGAGUUUGGCCUUUGUAAACAAGAUGGAAAGUUAAGGGCUUAUGGAGCCGGUCUGCUGUCCUCCAUUAGUGAGCUCAAGCAUGCUUUAUCAGGAAACGCCAGAAUCUUGCCCUUUGACCCCAAUGCUACAUGCAAACAGGAGUGCAUCAUUACCACCUUUCAGGACGUGUACUUUGUUUCGGACACCUUUGAGGAAGCAAAGGCCAAAAUGAGGGAGUUUGCAAAGACCAUUAAGCGGCCGUUCUCGGUACGUUACAACCCAUACACACAGAGCGUGGAUGUUCUGAAGGACACAGCCAGCAUCAAUAACGUUGUGGAGGAGUUGAGACAUGAGUUAGACAUCAUUGGAGAUGCACUGAACAGGCUCAACAAACAGUUAGGCGUCUGAAGACUACAACUACAUAUAAACUUAUAAACUACAUUACCCAUCAGACCUUUUCUCUCAUGUAUGUUAUCCAUACAAACAUACUUUUUUUGUCACAGCACAUCACCUUUAGAGUAACUUGAGUUUUUUCAUUCUGAUUUAAACUUACCAAACUAAUUUAAAUGUUCUUGUUAUAUCUUUAUAGGUUAUAUCUAUAGUUUGGCUCUUAUUUGUUUGAAUAUGUGUUUCAACAGCUGAACUGCUUAAAAGUGGAGAUCUUGUAUAUUUUGCAAGGCAAUGACACUGAAGUUAAUGUUAGUCUGUUGUGUAUAACUGUCUGCUCCAUAUGUUUAUAUGGGUCUUUGUUUAUUCAAAUAUAUUGUAUUAAGAAAAUGUUUAGAAUAUUUUGCUUUUUGUCUCAUAUGUGCACAGUAUUAUAAAAUCAGUUUUGUACCAUUGUGAGCCUAAUGCUAUAACACUCGGUGUAUAUCUUUGUGUUAUUUUGCCCGUUUACUUAUUUUAUAUGGAUGCUUCAAUUAUUUGUAAAUGGAUGGUACUCUUAUAACAUAUAGUAGAAAGUAAAGGUUAAUUUGCAUUUAUUUAUUUUUUAAUAAGCUUUUAAUAAAUAAAUUAUUUUAAGAAGGUCUACCUAUAAGGACACAGUUUGAUAUUCCUAAUGAAGUAAGCCUACUAAUGCUUUAAGAUGUAGAUGAAUGUUAUACUAUA